AUUUAAUUUAAAGAAAAGAAAUCGCUAGAUGAUCAAAGAAUAUGAUUAUUUGUUUAAGUUAGUUAUUAUUGGUAACUCCGGAGUGGGAAAGAGUUCAUUAUUAUUGAGAUUUGCAGAUGAUCAAUUUAGUGAAUCUUACCUAACAACAAUUGGUGUUGAUUUUAGAUUCAGAACGUUGCCCAUUGAUGGCAAGAAUGUCAAGUUGUAGAUUUGGGAUACUGCUGGACAAGAAAGAUUUAGAACAAUCACAAGUGCAUAUUACAAAGGUGCUGAUGGAAUUGUUAUGGUGUAUGAUGUCACAUAAGGAUAAUCAUUUGACGAUAUUGAUAAAUUUUGGCUACAUGAGGUAGAGUCAUAUGGGGAAAAAAAUGUGCAAUUAUUAAUUAUUGGAAAUAAAAACGAUUUAGAUGAAUAGAAAUAAGUUGAAACAUCAAAGGCUGAAGAGUAUUGUAAAUCUCAUAAUAUGCUUUUUAUGGAAUCUGACCAUGUAAAUAAUGCAUUUCUUGAACUCUCAAGAAAGCUCAUGGCUAAAAAGGAUGCCUCCUAACCACCAAAAUCUACAAAUGUGACAUCAAAUGCAUCACAAUAAUCAUAAUCUAGAGGAGUAACUAGUUCAAGCGGUUCACAACUGAAUAAACUGAGUGCUAACACUUCAAACUAAAAAAAAUAAAAAGAUGGAGGAUGUUGUUGAUUAAUUAUUAAGAAUAAAACAUUGUUAAUUUUUAUUUUUUCUA